AUGCAAAAUCAAAACCUACUUACUCCUACUUCACUACCUCGCUCAGGAGUUAAAGAUGAAGACCUCUUAGUAUACUGGGAAGAUUCACCUCAUCAUCGAUCCAGAACAUCUAAUCUGACUCCACUCAAAUCACAACCCAAGCGAGAUUCUAUGGCAGCAGGAAUACCAUCACCUUCAGAGAUAGUCGUCAACAUUCAUUCUUCCCCUUCAAAUGGGCUCCCACAACCUCCACUGGGCGUAUCCACCCCAAGCAAAUCACGCAGGUCACUUAGGCAACAUAAGCGAUUGAGAGACGCCAAUAUUUGGGCGAGGGGAACCCCCUACCCAAGUCAAACACCUACCAGAACUACCCCCGUCCUUCCCCGUGUUCUUGCUUCGACCACUAAUAGUAAUGGCCUUCAAAUUCACAAACGUACCCCAGAUAAUCGAAGCAUGAAACCCCUUCUGGGGACCACAAUCUCUAAACCCGGCCUCAAACCCAAUGCGCAUACCUUACAAACGUCCAAUUGCGCACCUCUUAAAGUUACUACUUUAGCAUUACAUACCCAUUACACGCACGGCACGCCCCACAGUCCCUACUAUCAACGGCCCUGUCCCAAACCUCCAAACACGAACUCUAUUAAUCUAGCCAAUUGGACCCGCAUGGCUUCAGUAGCAAAAGUCCCACCACUCACCAAAAACCCAACGGCGAUAUCUAGGGUGCCUGCAAAGGUACCACCGCCUGUCCCAAAAGUCACAACAGCUGCAGGACCAAAAAUCUUACCGCGUGCACAACCUGCUAUCAAUCCGGUUAAGACUAAUUUCAACACAACAAACUUUACGACUAUGAAACGUUUUACAACAAAGACUCCUGUGAUUGCACCGACCACCACGAAGACCACCAAGAUCACCCCAAUCACAACAAAGACCACAACUACAACACCUAUCACUUCUGCAUCUACUAAAACUACUACCAAGCCUGUUCAACAUCAUGGUGAUGAAUCAAUUUCUUUGCUACGCGGACUUUGCGCCGGUGACUUGGAUUGGGAUUUAGACCAUUGA